AUGUAUAGAAUGCUGUCAAUACGACGAUAUGCUCUCUUACGACUACAAGUUUUAAAAUAAACAACAUAUUUUUUUCAUUCCAAAACAUUGUUAGUGUGGUUAAAGUUUACUGGUGUUCGUGACUCAGUAUAGUUGAAUCAUGUGAUAUAAUGACUUCAAAGUUAAGUGCAAUUUUACAUGGAUAAUGUCAAUAAAAUUCGGAAAAUGCAGGAAAAAGGAGAAUAGAUGGAAUUUGAUGCAAGAGCGCAUGGCGCGACGUGGCGCUGGCCUCUACUGCUAUCGGUCGUGUUAUUGAACAUCUGCCUGCCGAGUCUCGUGUACGCUUAUGGAGUGAUAUUAGUAUAUUUGAAUGAACUACAAGUGCCAAUCUGGCUUGGGCUCUCCACUCCAGCAAUUUAUAUACUCACCUACAAUCUUACACAAUGUUGGUGCAGGGAAGCAGCAGAUUCUUGGGGCGGGCCUGUCGGCUACCGAGUCAUGGCGGCUCUAGGCCUAGUCAUGGUCGUGGUGAGCCUGCUCGUCUGCGCAUUCAUUCCAUUACGGGCGCAGCCAUUGGUGUACGGAAUCCUCGGAGGAUUUGGGUCAUCACUUAUAUCAGCUCAAGUGGAUGCAGUAGUAUUUGACACCUACGAUUCGCGACUGGGAAUCAUCCGAGGAGUAUGUUACGCCGGCCAAGCAGUCGGACAGUCUCUUUUCCCUCACAUCAUAGCAGCACUGAUAGACGCGUAUGGAUAUUCUUUCUCAUACAUAGUGCUCGCUGGCAUAAUCCUGCAGACGUUACCAGCUAUUAUGUUACUGAGAGUCGACGAAACUAUAAGCAGGCCAAUUUCCUUCUCUAGAUACAGCGAUGUGGCCAAAACAUACGCGGUAUUCAGUAAUGAAGGCAUGGACAAGAACUUUUACACGACUGAGUUGCAACUACAUGACAUGAGCCAAAAAUGUUGGAAAAGUCCUUCAGAUGAUAACCUGCACAGGGAACCAGAUUUUACUAGUGAUUUUGAUGACGAAGGCGAUAUAGUCGCCACAAUUACGCCACCACCUAGUCCAGAAGAAAAGAGAAGAAAUAUAUUUGGCGUAGAAAUACUUCCAGAAAUUCCGGAGGAGAGUGAGGAAAGUGAAAGUGAGGAGCCUUCAGAAAAAGAUAAGAAUUCAACUAUGAAUAAAAAGCGACUUAGUGUUGCUAUCAAGAGACUGAGUACAUUAGGCGAUAGUUUUGAUGAUUGUAUAUCCAAACAAACAAGACGCGACUCGCAAACUGAUGGUGACAGUAUUGAACAAAAGGAGUAUUCUGAGGUCGAAGUAACUUAUGAGACCGUAUCGCCAGUAACAGAUAUCCAAAGAGAAAAAAUAUUUAAUUCAUUUAGUUUUCGUUGUCAGUCUGCCUAUGCCAGUAUGAGAAGAAGAAUAUGGAUGCCUUCGUAUAGAGUUUAUACGUUACGAAGAAGACUGACAUUUUUCAUGUAUAACAUAAAUGAUACGUUUAUCAAGCCUUUGACAAGAUCCUUAACAUGUUGGAAGUUUUAUCCGUCAUUACUGUUGUAUUUCUCUCGCCUAAGCUUAACGUCGGUGACAAUGGUAUCGUUAUCAAUGAUUGCUUCUGAAAUGCAUCCAAAGAUAUCAAUUUCUGAUGCGAACUUCUUAAUGACAUUAUACGGAUUUACGUGGAUAUGUUUCUUGUUGAGUACACCGUGGCUGGCUCAAACGCCCAAAAGGAAUUUUAAGUACGUCGCACUCAUUGGCUUAAUCAUUUCAUCAUUAGGAUGCUUUGUCUUAGCAGACGCAGACAACCAUGACUCGUUCUCUAUUGGCUGCGUGAUAGCCGGUUUUGGAUACGGAGCAAUAUCUUGUUGCUGGGAGACAGCUGUCCAAGACUUCGUAGGUGCCAGAAAGUGGCCGAAACUCCACAGCCCUCUAGAAACGAUCUCGGGUACUCUACUAGCUGUAUUUGUAUUUGGAAUAUCUUUCAUUGUCGAUCAUGAAAGAGGAUUACAGUUUGCUAUGUUUAUUUUAGCCAUAAUAUUAUCUAUUAUAAGUUUUCUAUGGUUAAUAAUAGCGGUGACGUAUAUCUACAGAACGAAAUUGAAAUCCGUAAGGAUAGGAAAGCGAUGGAUGUUUUAAAAUGACUAUGAGUUUCGACUCUUUUGUGUUGUGGAACAAUUUCUUCAAUCAUUAAGCUCGUGAGAUGCAGUUGUGAUAUAUAACAUUAGGCGAAUAAGUUAUUGUAAUGCAAAAUAAAUCUUUAAAUUUUAUUUUAUAAAUAA